GCACCAAAAUCGGAUAACCAAUAUAGAGAAUGACCCUUUCCUUGGAUUGACCAGCUUACAAUUCCUGUAUAUAGGAGAUAAUCCGUUUCAUUGUGGUUGCUCUUUGGAAGCCUUCACGGUAUUUUUGCAAAGCAAUCUUACACAUGAAUCGCCAAUCUUUAAAACCCCAGAGUGUAGCAUACCUAGUGUUCUGAAAGGUACGAAACUGAUUGACAUCCCAUUUGAAGACAUGAACUGCAUAAACUCAGUUUCAGAUCAAAACAUAAGAAGCGAAAGGACUGUUGUCAUCCUAUCUGUCGGGUUUGUCCUAGCUUUGGUUGCCACCAUUUCCAUUAGUGUUGGAGUGCAAAAGUUGAGAAUCAACAUUUUACGGGGAAAUACAGAGCAAGUACCAAACAUUGAACAAAGAGAAGAGAAUUACGAAUUCGUAAUGCACUACCCCGAAGAAUCUAUCUACCUAGAUCCGGAUUAUCAUACCAUGGAAGAAAUCAACGACAGAUAUCAACAUCUCCGAGAUGAUAUCAAGGAUAUUGAUGAUGAGAGUGGAAUGGAGGGUCUUAACAGACAAUCUUAUGUACAGCCCAAUGAUGUGGUUAUAGGUGCUAUUAAUACAGAUGAGGAAGAAAAUAGAGAAAAUCAUUCUUAUUUAGAUGUCUUGGAAUAUCCAGAAAACUCAUCAUUUACAGAAAACGAAUGCGUUAACGUUAUUGAAUCACCCUCCAAAACAUACGAUGACGGGUCGACAACUGAGUGGGAUAGAGAUAGUACGUCAGAGGCUAUCUGUGAGAUGUCCGAUAUCAAUCAACAAAAGACAGCAACUAUCAAUGAUGAUGACAACUCUAAGUAAUAUUACAUUGUUGAAACACAAAUUGUAGCAGUCAAAACAAUGCAAAUGGAGUGACAUAUAUGCCAGUGUUCGACACAGCAAACGAUUGAACAUACUUGUAACCAGAAAAAGCGACCUAGUUUGCUAUACAACUCUUGAAGUUGGUCGGGAUAUGCGUUUACAUAAUUCAUAUUUCUAGUAUGAGUACUGUUAGAACUUCUUUGGUAACACUGUUUUUCUUAGGUUAGAUGAUCAGAUCUUCGACCAGCCUGUUGAUAUAUUAUGGUCCUUUGUUAACUGACCUGUUUUGAGUUUUUAUGAGGUGGGAUGUAUUCAAAAGUAUCUACAUCAAAAAGAGAUUUUGCUGUGACUUUCAACCCGACAUUCACAUGUAUCAACGACGUUUUAUCUGUUAACAAUAAUAAUUUUCAUUAAUAUUUCGAUUCCAUAUAUACCAAUGAACUUAAAAUUGAAAAUAUCGCAUCCGCUUCAUACCUAAACAUUUUAUUGGACAUACAUGUUAAUGGCAACCCUAGAACUCGACUUCAUGACAGAGAAGAUGACUUCAGCUCCAUCAUUGAAUACCCAUAUUUAUGUUGCAAUAUUCCAUUAUCGCCUAUAUGAUGUUUAUGUCUUUCAAGUGAUUCCAUACAGAAUACCUAUUUCUGUGUAUGAUCAGAUUAGAUUUUAAAUUGAGUCGGAUUACGGAAAAGCAACUUGAUUUUACAGGGUAUUCAACACAGCAGCAUCAUUUAAAGUCACAAACUCGAUGGGAGUUACUUCGGUUUUGUAUUUUUGAGGUUUGCAGCAAAUUGAACAUCUUAACAUUCAAACUUUUAUAAAUGUUGUCUAUGGGGACACAUUCAAUCCGAGAUGGUUCAAAUUUUGAAAUGAGUAAUAUUUUCAUUCGUGUAACCAAAACUUUUGGAUGGAUCGUUUAUAGCUGCAUAUUCUAAAGUGAUAGUCCCACAUGUAUAGAUUCAUUCAGAUUUCCUUCAGUGUUGACCUAUAUUGUUAAUUGAAGUGGGUCAAAGGAUGGAUGUCUUGAUUCCAUUACAGUCCAUAUAACGAUGUUUGUACAGUGAUGAACUUGAUUAUGAUGAUGUAUUUGAUUAUGUUUACAAUCAGAAAAGCUUUAUGUCAAUGUAAUAGUGUCAUUUAUUUUAUGUUUAAUAUUUUGGCAAUUGAGCUUAUUAUGCUUAUAUAUUUAGCUACUGGAUUUUAAUCAUAGUAAUGUGCAUGGUACUGUAAAACUAGUGUACAGAAUAUGUACCGAGAGUGUCAUGUUUUACUGAAAAUUGUUGUUGGUGUUUAUAAUGGCUGAAUUUAAAAAUAUGAAGGGAAUUAAGGACAUUAAGGAAGGGAAUUAAAAUGAAAAUUUUCAAAACCAGGUCCUUUCAUCGGCAUACAUAGCGUUUGGUAUCAUUGUAAUUGUCACCAUAAGAAAAAUGAUAUACGUAUCAAGAAAGAAUGAAACAAGAAGCUAUUUUGAAAAUGAUUGUUUAAUAUGUGUAUUUAGCCUACUGGACAUCUUCACACCAUCUGGAGGGCCACUAACAACCGCGACAUUUAUUUGCCCUCCCCUUAGCACUUGUCAGUAACUAUUAGAACCCAAAAUACAAACCAAAGGGAAUAUCGCUAAUUAGCAGUACGAACACAAAUGGUCAGUAUCAACAACUGGAUAUUAUGGAUUAUAAUAACAUAUCAGCAUCAAAAGCACGUUAGCAGUCAUUUUCAGCAACUAUUAGGAAAACGUCAUUCUCAGUACAAUGUCCGUUGUAAUUUAUUUAUUUAGCUACAUUAUUGUGAUUCUUUUCUGUCAUGUAAAUUCAAAAAAUAGGUAUCGUGAACACUCACAGUACAAUUUAUGAUUUCACCAUGUUCAUAUUUAGUAUUCUUUUGUGGCGUCUGUGGCCUAGUGGUUAGGCCGUCAGACUCACGACCAAAAGGUCAUUAUUUCGAGUCCUGGCCGUGGCAAGGCUGACGUUGUGUCCUUAAGAAAGGCACUUUACAUGAAUUUCCUUACUCCACCCAAGUGUAAAAGGGGUACCUGGCGAUAGACAGUGAAAUAUAUUGUUAGAAUGUUAGUGUUCGAGCGCUUGAAAUGGCAGCUUGCACUGUAUGCUUCCUAGGGGGCUGAGAAAGUUCUAGAUUGAUAUAAGGCCUGCCGGGGUAAUAAUGUACAUUGAUUAUUGUAAAGCGCUUUGAGCAGCAUACGCUGGAUAAGGCGCUAUAUAAACCCAAUUAUCAUUAUUAUUAUUAUUAUUAUUAUUAUUAUUAUUCCAUAUUUUCGUAGCAACAUUCCAUGAUCACCUGUAUGAAAAGUGAACAUAUAGCAUUCAUGUAUCUUAUGUGGUUCGAUACGCAGCAUCUUCGUAUGUGUAUGUUCAAUUCUUAAAUAGAGAUAGGCUACUGACAAAUAGAUUGAUGUUACAAGGGCUUAAACAACCUAACUUCAAGUUAAUAUUUAUCUUUUUUAAUGACAUGGUCUGUUUAUUGUCAUUAAUUGAUAUUACUAUAUGUGAGUAAAAAGUAUUUUAUUAAUCAUCACCCUGAUUUGCUCAUAACUACUAUGGCGCUGCUAUCAAAUAAAAGCUGGAGUGUCUCAUGUGGAUUUCAAUAGCCAGCACUUUGAAAAUCAUAU